AUGUCGACUGAAAAGCCAACCAUCCUUUUCGUGCCUGGAGCAUGGCACUUUCCUGCCAGCUUUGAUGCUGUGAGAGAAUCACUCAAGCCCAUGAGUUAUCCAACUGAAGCUGUGGCGCUGCCAUCCAUUGGAGCCGAGCCCCCAAAUAAAGACCUAUCUGACGAUGCUGUUCAUACCCGCGCUGCCAUUGAGAAGCUGGUCGAGGCAGGAAAGAAAGUCGUCCUCGUUACUCACUCAUAUGGAGGGGUCGUUGGAUCUUGUGCUGUUGAAGACCUGAGCUUUGCUCAAAGGAAGAGUGAUGGAAAGGAAGGCGGGGUUAUCAACUUUGUGUACUUGAGUGCAUUUGCGCUGCCGAAGGGGGUCAGUCUUCUUGAUGCUCUCGGAGGUAACCCGCUUCCUUGGAUGAACUUCAAGGGCGACUAUUGCUAUGCCGAUACUCCAGGGAAUAUCUUCUACCACGACCUAUCAUCGGAAGACCAACAGAAAUGGAUUGCGCAACUAUCACAUACCUCCUCUGCCGUCUUCAGUGGCAAAUCGACACACGAGCCUUGGAACCAUAUGCCAUGCACUUACAUAUUCUGCGAGGACGAUAAGGCAAUUCCCCUUCCAGUGCAGCAAGGUAUUACAGCAUCUAUGGGAAGUAAUAUCACGACUUUCAGCAUUGCCGCUUCACACUCGCCAUUUUUGAGCGCCCCUGACAAGGUGGUGGAGGGUAUUGAGCUGGCUGCGAAGCUUGGUUUGGAGAAGAGCCAGUAG